UAAACAGUCGAAAUUAAUGAAAAGAGCGUGAUGUUGGACUGUUUUGUCAAACAAAACAAACACUGCAUUGGUUUCAUCUUAUAUUAUUUUCCGUGUUAACUCAAACUUCAUAGUGUACGAAGAAGAUAAUACAUUAAAGGCAUUUAGGUAUUGUUAUAAGCAGGAAAACGAGGAGGUUAUAUAGAUUUAGACAUGGAACUUAAUUCGCACGACACACACAGUGGUCGUAUUUACAUGUUUGUAGACGAGAGCGAUAACAAUAAACGCCACAAUACAUGGUGGGAAGCAUUUUGCCUUCGAUUUCACAAUGUGGAUACGACACCAUCAUGGCACCCGAACUGGUGGACUAAAUUGUUCCCAUUCCCAAUUUUUCCCACGUACAGACAAACAGCACAACAGCUAUGUAUUAUCAUGUUUUUCCUUCUCUCGUGGGGUAUACUCUACGCCGAGCUCGGGAAUCCCGUAGGUUUACAAGGAGAGCUUCUAAGCAUGACAGUCCUCGUAAUCACUGCAUAUUUGGUUGGCUGGAUCUGGAUGAAGAUCACCACUCUACCAGCGCUCAUUGGGAUGCUAUUGACUGGGAUACUCUUUCAGAACCUACAGCUAGUCCAUAUGACAGACGAAUAUCGAAAACUUAAUCAGGAUUUGCGAAAAAUCGCCCUAGUCAUAAUUUUGACUCGAGCUGGUCUUGGUCUUGAUGCUGGUGUCUUAAAGAAGCACUAUGCAGCAGUACUACAACUUGGUUUGCUGCCGUGGUUAGCUGAGUGUGUUCUGAUUGCCGUCUUUACCCACUACUUAUUGGGACUGCCUUGGAUAUGGGGUUUUCUCCUCGGCUCGAUGAUAGCCUCUGUGUCCCCGGCAGUGGUGGUACCUUGUCUCUUUAGGCUCCGAGACGCAGGGUAUGGUGUGGACAAGGGAAUAACCACGGUUGUGGUAGCCGCUGCCGCCAUCGACGACUCGAUCAGCGUCGCUGUAUUCGCCAUCAUUCUUAACGCUAUGUUCUCGACUGGUUCUGCCACUUAUAAUAUCAUCAAGGGACCUUUAUCGAUAGUAGCCGGAGUAAUCGUAGGCUCACUAUGGGGAGCUAUGACUUCUGUUGUACCAGAGAAAGGAGAUACUUAUGUGAUUCCACUGAGGUUCCUAGCUUUAUUCUUAGGAGGACUGUUUUCACUGUUCAUAUCAAGUUUAAUAGAAUGGAGCGGGGCUGGGCCUCUUGCUAUAGUAUCUUCGGGAUUUGUAGCAGCAUAUUAUUGGAAUAAGCAAGGUUGGCCAGUAAAUAAAAAUCCGGUUAGCAACUUAUUCAGAAUUUUAUGGAUUUUCUUCGAGCCCAUAUUGUUUGCUUUCACUGGGGCACAAAUAACGAUAAGUGCCUUAGAUCCUCAAGUAAUAAAAAUGGGAGCAAUAUGUCUGAUUUCGAGCCUUGUGUUGCGGACAAUUAUCACCUUUGUCAUUAGUUUUGGCUGCGGAUUGAAUAAGAAAGAGAAACUAUUUAUUGGUCUUACUUGGACAGCCAAAGCCACAGUUCAGGCAGCUCUCGGCCCCGCAGCAUUAGAUCUAGUCAACAGUGGAAGCUCAGCAGGUUUGCCCAAAGAAGAAGAGGAAUAUUACGCUAAAGCGCUUCUAGCUAUGAGCGUUCUAAGUGUCGUGAUAUCAGCGCCGACUGGAGCCAUACUCAUCGCUCUGGCUGGUCCCAAGUUACUAAAGCAAAGCCAAAAUGAUGCAGUAUGACACUGAACGAAAUUUAGAAUUGUUUACAGAACUCGAAUGACUAGUAAACUGUUUUAAAAGUAGGCAUAAGUAUACUUAAUAGGUUAUAGGUAUUCCGCUGAGAAAACAAGUACUUACAUUUUUCAAUAAACAUUUUAUAUUCUAAUGUUACUUACCGGAACUUACAUGUACCUAUUUACUCUUCAGUAGGUACCUUAUUUUAGUUCUUAAAUUAAUAAUAAUUUAUAAAUUAAAUUAUUAUUCUAAUCAAAGUUUUUCGAAUUAAUUAUUAUUUUUUUAUCAUUUUAAUUUUCUAACAGUUUCUAACGUAUUGUGAGAAAGGAGAUUUUUAUAAUGUUCAUGAACAUUUAAACUGGCAAUUACACUUGAUAAAACUUGAACGAUUGCCUUUUAUUUAUAAAAAAUAAAUACAUUUUUUUUUAUUGUGUAAAUGGCAAUCUAAUAAGUUUUUUGAGAUAAUGUGCCAGAAUCAGACCAAAUACCUACUGCCGAAG